UAUAAAUUGGCACACAAAAGUCUCCAUUAUGUGCCUCUCCUAACAAGAUCCACCAAACUCGAUACAUCCAAAUCGUAAACCGAAGAAACAACCAUGUCAUUUAAAUCCCCCGAACUAUAUGGCGGCGCCAUUACCGUCGAACUGCCUGCCGGAUUUGUUGACGCGAGCGGCAUCCGCCAGAUCCCAGAUCAUCAAGAAGUCUACCUCGAUAGCAAUAGUUACUCAAGUAUUGUCUUCGACAUCCUUGAGAGGGUCGAGAAGCCGGAUGAUGAGGCAGCUCUGCAGUACCAUUUCGCGGACUUGAUUGAGGGGACUGGGGACGAAACAAACGUGCUAGGCCAGGGAAAGGCUACUAUGUUGAAGAUGCCGAACAAACCCGUCUACUCCCUCAAUUACAUCCAAACGCCCCCUCGACCAGACAGCGCACACCAUCGCAAAACUCCUGACUUCGUCUCCAUUCACCUUCUUCUGCUCCGCCUAGAGGAACAAGCCACCGACAUUACCAUCACAAUCAACGUACCUCAUUAUUCAGGCGAGUACGUCAAAGCUAGAGAAGGAGAGCCAACCCAGCUAAUGAAAGAUGGGGAGACGGUCAAGCAAAAGAUCCUUGAAAGCUUCGAGAUCAAAGAUUGGGGUCUCUUUGGUGAGAAUUAAGGGGCUAGAUUUCAGCUCCAUGAAUUCUUUCAUAGAAUACACAAACACAUCUAUCUUACGUAGCCAAUCG